CCUACUCUACUGUAGAGGAAUCGAAACCUAUUUAUGCAAUAAAAACGGACUUCUUCAUCUCCAUUUUUCACCCUGAUCAUACUGACCUGCGGACCAGCACGGAAUGCACAUUUGAUUCCUGUACAAUGGCUUUUAACCAGCAGACACCUUUUUACAACCCAAGAAUCCCGUUCACUGGGUCGAUCCACGGUGGGCUGCAGGAGGGGAAAUCCAUCAAUGUCUCUGGACGAGUCCUACCUGGAGCCGACAGGUUCCAUGUGAACUUGCAGUGUGGAUCCAGGGCCAAUGCAGACAUCGCCCUACACUUUAACCCUCGUUAUGAGUGUUUUGCUACUUAUGUGGUCACAAAUUCCUCCCAGAACGGAAGCUGGGGCACCGAAGAGAGGAAGCACAACUCCCCGAUCCCCGCUGGAUCGUCCUUCACCCUGCUCAUCACCGUCUGCCGUGAUGCCUUCCAGGUUAACAUUAACGGUAGUCACUUCAUGGAAUACAGACAUCGCGUCCCAUUCCAGCACGUGGACACCAUCGCAGUAGCCGGUAAUGUCGAGAUCUCCUCCAUCGCCUUCCAGAGUCAAGUGUUCCCAGGACAGCCGGUGUUUCCUGCUCAGGGGGCGUUUCCUACUCAAGGAGCCUUCCCAUCUUGUCCUGCAUUUCCACCCCAGACCGGGUUCCCCUCCCAGCCAAGUUUCCCUGGGUUCCCCUCCCAGCCAAGUUUCCCUGGGUUCCCCUCCCAGCCCGGGUUCCCCUCCCAGCCCGGGUUCCCCUCCCAGCCUGGUUUUCCUCCUGCAAUGCUGUCUGUUCCUUACAGAAACACCAUAAGUGGUGGACUCAAACCGGGCAGGACCAUCACCAUCCAGGGGAACGUUCAGCCCAGCGCCACAAGGUUCACCGUGAAUCUCAGCCAUCCCUCUGGCGUCGCCCUGCACUAUAAUCCUCGAUUUACCGAGAACGCUGUGGUCAGAAACCACAAGCAGGGCAGUCAGUGGGGCUCCGAGGAGCGAGGAGGAGGGAUGCCCUUCCACCGGGGACAACCCUUCACGCUGACCAUCUGCUGUGAGAGUCACUCCUUCAGGAUUGUAGUCAACGGGAUGCAGGCUCACAACUUCAAACACCGUUUCACACACGUCCAACACAUCACCGGCCUGGAGGUCGACGGGGACGUCACCCUGACCUCUGUGGUGGUUUAGAGAUCCAGGAGUGCUCCUGGUGCUCACAUCAGACCCAUGAUACUUCAUUGAUCAACGCUCUUGUGCUCUCUGCUCACUGUUUUUAUCUGCUGGAUUUUAUAUAACCGUGCAUGUGCUGCUUGUUCUUAAAAGAGGAGUGUUUGAGCGUCAGGAGAGUUCAGACGUCUGAAUGAUAAUGAAAACCUGUGUGCAUUGAUAACCUCUGGAUUCAGAUUGCUGGACGACUCCUGACGUCACAGAACAUCUGACUACAGCUAAAGUCCAGAUGUUCGAUGAGUCCUCUGUGUGUAAGCUCUGCUUUGUUCAACAUGAAACAGAAAUCAUGACAA